GCCUGGGCACUCACCGUCGUGUGCAUGGGAGCGUGCCAAGUGCCUUCACCGAUGAGCGAGCGAGGAAGGAAGCGCGUGAAGUUGCCUCCCAGAUAUCUGGGCAUGCAGGGGCCGGCAUGUCGGCGUGCGUGCGGGAGGAAGCCGUGAGUGUGUGUAGGAGGAAGCUUGCCUCCUAAAUAGACCCACGUCAAACCUGCUGGACGAGAAAGAGAUUUUCAAGGAACCCCCCAGGCACCAUCUGCCGACCCCAGACACCAGAGGGAGCCCGCGCCCACUCCGUGGAUUGGCACCCACAGGGCCCUCACUGGAGAGGCUGACAUCGAUCAGAAGCCCCCGGCAGCCUCCAGCGGUGCCUGGUGAACUUCGCUUUGAUGAUGGAGUCAGGCAGGGGGUCCUCAACUCCCCAAGAACCUACUGCCACCUUGGGGACACCAGGCAUGAGUGCUGGCAGCCCCUCACUGGAGAAGCUCCGGGCGCUCCCUGUUGGGCCCAGUGCCCAUGGUGAGGGCACUGGCAGCCUGGCUGUGGCAGGCAAUACGCCCCCUGAGCCCAGCCCCGCGGGGGAGCUAAGUGGAGGCACCAAGAUCCCCAACCGGGACAGCGGGAUCGACAGCCCGUCCUCCAGCUUGGUCGGCGAGAACUUCCCCUGCGAGGAGGGUGGCGAGGCGGGCCUGAGCCCCACUGUGCCGGGGCUGCACCCUGAGACAGGCCCAGACAACCAAGCCCGGCAAGACGCCCCCCGGGAGGAGGCCGACAGCGAUGUGGGUGAGGAGCCUGACCCCGAGAACAGCCCCCCGAGGGUCGAGAAGGACACUGACUUGGCCAAGAGCUCUGACUCCCAGAAGCUGCUCCACACUGCCCAGGAGCUCCUGCACACUGAAGAGGCCUACGUGAGGCGGCUGCACCUGCUGGACCAGGUUUUCCGCACCAGAUUGACAGAAGCAGGGAUCCCUCCGGAAGUCACCACGGGCAUCUUCUCCAACAUCUCUUCCAUCUACCGCUUCCACCGGCAGUUCCUGCUGCCCGAGCUGCAGACCCGGAUCACAGAGGAGUGGGACACCAACCCCCGGCUCGGGGACAUCCUGCAGAAGCUGGCUCCCUUUCUGAAGAUGUACGGCGAGUACGUCAAGAACUUUGACCGCGCGGUGGGGCUGGUGAGCACGUGGACACAGCGCUCGCAGCUGUUCAAAGACAUCAUCCACAGCGUCCAGAAGCAGGAGGAGUGCGGGAGCCUGACCCUGCAACACCACAUGCUGGAGCCCGUGCAGAGGGUCCCCCGCUACGAGCUGCUGCUCAAGGACUACCUGAGGAGGCUCCCUGAGGACGCUCCUGACCGGAAGGAUGCGGAGAGGUCCUUGGAACUCAUCUCCACAGCUGCCAACCACUCCAACGCCGCCAUCCGGAAAAUGGAGAAAAUGCACAAGCUCUUGGAGGUGUAUGAGCAGCUGGGGGGAGAGGAGGACAUCGUCAACCCAGCCAAUGAGCUGAUCAAGGAGGGCCAGAUCCAGAAGCUGUCAGCCAAGAACGGCACGGCCCAGGACCGCCAUCUCUUCCUGUUCAACAGCAUGAUCCUUUACUGCGUGCCCAAAUUGCGGCUCAAGGGCCAGAAAUUCAGCGUCCGCGAGAAGAUGGACAUCUCAGGCCUCCAGGUGCAGGAUGUCGUCAAGCCAAAUGCGGCACAUACAUUUGUCGUGACUGGGAAGAAAAGGUCCCUGGAGCUGCAGGCACGGACGGAGGAAGAAAAGAAAGAAUGGAUUCAGGUCAUCCAGGCCACCCUCGAGAAGCACAAGCAGAACAGCGACACUUUCAGGGCCUUCAGCAGCACCUUCAGCCAGGAUGAGGACUCCAGCCUCCCUCCAGACUCCCCGAUGGUGAGCACCAGCUCCGUGGACCCUGCAGUGGCGGCCGAUGGCGGGUGUGUCCCAGGGCUCGAGGCCAGAAAGCUGUCCUCUAAGGCCAGGCGUGACAAGGAGAAGCAAAACUGCCAGAGCUGCGGGGAGACCUUCAACUCCAUCACCAAGAGGAGGCACCACUGCAAGCUGUGCGGGGCGGUCAUCUGUGGGAAGUGCUCUGAGUUCAAGGCUGAGAGCAGCAGGCAGAGCCGCGUCUGCAGAGGCUGUUUCCUGGCGCAGCCCGAGGCCCCCGUGGAGCCCAAGCAGAGCAUGGAGAAGCAGCCAGCUGCAGACCCCCGGCCCAGCCUGUUCUGCAGCCCCCUGCGGCUUUCGGACAGCGGCACGACCUGGAGCGAGGUGUGGGCCACCAUCCCGGCGUCAGACCCCCAGGUGUUGCACCUGCUGGGAGGAAGCCAGGACGGUCAGCCACUCACAGUCCCUCUGCCUGGCUGCGAAGUGAGUGUGCUGGACCUUGAAGACAGGCUGGACUCUGGGCACGUGUGGAAGUUGCAGCAGGCCCAGCAGGCCUGGUACCUGAGUGCCCCGACGGCGGAGCUGCAGCAGCGGUGGCUGGAGGCCCUGAGUGUUGGUGCCCGGGGACACACGGCCCAGGACAGCCCGGGGGCCCUGUAGCCCCAGGCCCUGAUGGGCCCGGCUGCCCUUCGCUCCUUCAUGUUGGACCUGUGCUCUCUUGGGAGGCCGCAUCAGAGGUCACAUGAAGAGUCCCUGAACUGCUGAGAGCAGGCCAAUAGCUCGGGGCUCUUGGCCCUGGACAGUCCCUCCAUCUCAGAGAGGAAGAAACUGAGGCCCAGAGAGGGGCAACCACUUACCCAGGGUCGCCCAAGUCUCGGCCGCAAAGGCAGAAGCGGCUCAGAGCAGGGUGUGGGCCAGCCGCUGACGUCGCCAUCAUCUGAGGGGCCAGGGCAGGAGGAGGCAGCCUUGUCCGCAGUCUGCGGGUGGAGCUGCACCGCUCCUCCUGUCCACACCGGCUACACCGCGUGAGCGGAACUGCGACUUUCUGCCCUCAGCUCUGCCUCCUUACCCCACCCUGCCAGGCCUGCCCAUCCUGGCUGGACCACAGCGCUCAGAAACGGCUGGGGGGCCGUGCAGCCAGGGAGUGGCCGGCUGUCCCUCUGUCAGGGUGUGCUUGCCUGCACAAAUAAAUGCUGGCCGCCAGCAGGGUGCA